AUGCCUCGGGCCGGCCCUGGCAGCCUUCCAAACCCUUCUUGGAGCAUAGUCUCCACAAUCAAAGGUGACCACACCACCUCAGCAGACACAGUGUCAGAGAGAAUCAACACUUUGCCAAAGCUGAAUGUUGUUCUGUGUGGAAAAGACAGCAGAUUAAAAUCUUCAGUAUUAAACCUGAUCCUGAAUCAGAGUAAGAGAAGAUCAGAACCAGAAGAUGAAGAGAUGAGAAGCUCAGAUUGUGUGAGUUUGAAUGGUGAGGUGUGUGGACAUCUGAUGACUUUGGUGAAGCUUCCAGCUCUGUUUAACCCUCGACUCUCAGAUGAAGAAAUAAUGCGUCAGGCUCUCAGCUGUGUGUCUCUCUGUGAUCCUGGAGUUCAUGUGUUUCUCUUCAUUAUUGAUGAUGAUCCACUGACUGAUGAAGAUAAAGCAGAAACAGAGAAGAUUCAGAGAAUAUUCAGCUCAAGAAUAAACAAAUACACCAUGGUCCUUAUAAUCCAGAAAUCAGAGAACAGAACAGAAGAACUAAGCAAAGAAAUGAAGUCUGUAGUUGAGAGUUUUGGAGGAAGACAUGAGUUUCUCUGUCUUGACACCCAAGUGUUCAUGUUGAUGGAGAAACUGAUGCAGAUGAUGGAAGACAACAGCAGAAGUUUUUACUCCACAGAAACAUGUUGGGAUGCACAGCUGAAAAAACUUCUGAAACUUGAAGACAUGAAUAGAAAAAAUAUUCAGACACAGAUUCAGACACAAGAUUUAAGAGAUAGAUCAGAUGAUGUGAGGAUUGUCCUGCUGGGAAAAACUGGAGCUGGGAAAAGUGCAACAGGAAACACAAUCUUAGGGAUAAAUACAUUUAUUGCAGAUGUAUCUCAUGAGUCCAUUACUAAAGACUGUCAGAGAGAAACAGCUGAAGUUAACAGCAGACACAUCACUGUGAUUGAUACUCCAGGACUGUUUGAUACUGAACUGAGUCAAGAAGAAAUUCAAAGAGAAAUGACCAACUGUAUCUCAAUGAUACUGCCAGGACCUCAUGUGUUUAUUAUUGUACUGAGUUUAGCACAACGCUUCACAAUAGAGGAGGAAGAAUCAGUGAAGAUCAUUCAAGAGAUGUUUGGUAAAAACUCCUUAAUGUACACCAUGAUACUCUUCACCAGAGGAGAUAAUCUGAAGAAUAAAACCAUUGAAGAGUUUUUAGGAAACUCAAAAUCUGCCUUAAAGAACCUCAUUGAACAGUGUGGUAACAGAUAUCAUGUGUUUGAUAAUACUGAGACUGAAGAUCACACACAAGUUUCUACUUUACUGGAGAAAAUAGACGACAUGGUGAAUGCAAAUGGAGAGACUUAUUACUCAUCUAAAAUCUUCAGAGAGAUGGAGCGAGAAAAACAAGAACAACAAAUAAAGGAACUGAAGGACACAAUUGAACAACUGAGCAGAGAGAAAGAAGAGGGGAGAGAGAGAAUGAAGAAGAUGAUGGAGGAAGAAAGAGAGAAUCAUGAACAAGAGAGACAGAAAAGAGAAGAAGAAUUUGUAGAGAGAGAAGACAGAUAUAAAAAAGAAAUGAAGGAGCAAGAAAAACAGCUGCAAGACGAGAUGAAAAGAGAACGAGAGACAUUCAAAAAUGAAAUUGAGGAAAUAAAGAAAGAAAACAAAGAUCUCCAGAUCAAAUACACAACACAAAUAGACAAAGUCAUGAAUACAAUGGAGACCGAACGACAGAAUCAUGAAAUAGAGAGGAAGAGAAGAGAAGAUGAGUUUAGAGAGACCGAAGAAAAAUAUAAAAGAGAAAUGAAGGAGCAAGAAAAACAGCUGCGAGAUGAGAUGACAAGAGAACGAGAGACAUCCAAAAAUGAAGUUGAGGAAAUAAAGAAAGAAAACAAAGAUCUCCAGAUCAAAUACACAACACAAAUAGACAAAGUCAUGAAUACAAUGGAGACCGAACGACAGAAUCAUGAAAUAGAGAGGAAGAGAAGAGAAGAUGAGUUUAGAGAGACAGAAGAAAAAUAUAAAAGAGAAAUGAAGGAGCAAGAAAAACAGCUGCGAGAUGAGAUGACAAGAGAACGAGAGACAUUCAAAAAUGAAGUUGAGGAAAUAAAGAAAGAAAACAAAGAUCUCCAGAUCAAAUACACAACACAAAUAGACAAAGUCAUGAAUACAAUGGAGACCGAACGACAGAAUCAUGAAAUAGAGAGGAAGAGAAGAGAAGAUGAGUUUAGAGAGACAGAAGAAAGAUAUAAAAGAGAGAUGAAGGAGCAAGAAAAACAGGAGGAAACAGAUAGAGAAAGAAAAGAUCUUUUGUUUAAACAUGAAACAGAGAAAGAGAAAAUGAAGAUGAUGGAGGAAGAAAGUCAGAAACAUGAGCAAGAGAGGAAGAAAAGAGAAGAGGAAUUUACGGAGACAGAAGAAAGAUAUAAAAGAGAAAUGAUGGAGCAAGAAAAACAGCUGCAAGAUGAGAUGAGAAAAGAGCGAGAGACAUUAAACAAUGAAAUAAAGAAAAAAAACAAUGAAAACAAAGAUCUCCAGAUCAAAUACACAACACAAAUAGACAAACUGAUGAAUACAAUAGAGACUGAACAACAGAAUCAUGAAAUACAGAGAAAGAAAAGAGAAGAUGAGUUUAAAGAGACAGAAGAAAGAUAUAAAAAGAAAAUGAAGGGGCAGAUGGAGGACAUAAUGAAAAGAGAACAAAAGUUUCAACAUAAACUCAUGAGAGUAAAACCAGAGGAAUAUGAAGAAGACAGAAGAAGAGACUUAGAGAGAAUUAAAAUCUGCUGCUCUCAAACAGACUCAGGUCAUCUGAUAAUUGAACCAAAGAUCAGCAAACUCUUCAGUAGAUUAAUUUUAACAAACAGACAUCAAGAUAAGAAACUGAGAACAGACGAUUUUCUAAAAAUCACAAAGUCUUCAUUUCAGUCCCAAGAGCCACAGAAAGAAACUGAACUUGUAAACUCAUUCUUACAAAAACUGUUUAACUUGAACUACAGAGCAAGAGAAACUCACAUAAAACACAGAGAAGAUCAACAAACACCUGAAAACUACAACCCUGAAGUUGACUUUGAUAUUCAUGUGAUGGAUGUUCAGAUGGCUGUGUUUCAUUGUGCUGAUAGUUUCCUAAAGCAGCUGAUGGUCACUAAACUCUCACAGUGUCAGUUUGCUCUUCCUCUGCUUGUUCCUCAUCCAUUCACACAACAGAUUGAGUUUCCUCUCUGGACAUUCAGACAAAUCAACAAGAGCUGGAAGAUGAGAAAUAAUCACAAUGAGAUCAUCAGUAAAGUCCAGCCUGUGUACAAAGCAGAAACUCCAAUGGUGUCGUUCUUCAGGUUUGGCUCUUUGUCUUCAUCAAAGUCUCAGCUGAUAAACAGUUUGAUCAAUGAGAAACACAACACAUUCUUCCACAGAAACUGCUCAGGAAGCAGCAGAACCAGACUACUGAUGGAUGGAGUGGUGGAGAUCGCCUGGUACUGUCCAUCUGGAAAAAACACAGAUCAAUUUACUGACUGUGUUGCCUUCUGUAAUCUUCAUGGUGAUGCAGGAGACCAUGAGAAACAAUAUGAGAUUUUAACCAGUAUGUCUUCAGUCAAUGUCCUCUUCUUAUCUGAUUUUGGACAGAAGAACCAGUAUAAGAGUUUAGUGAAGUCACUCUUCAGAUCUCCUCAGCCUCUUAUUUGUCUCCUCACAGACAAUGACUGUAAUAAAACUAAACUGACAGAUGGAAAAUUCAUAAUCGGUCUUUUGAACAAAAAUCAAUCUGAUCUAUAUAAUGAGAUAAGAAAGACAAUCAGAGUGAGUUUGAAAGAGGACAUAAAAACCUUUAAACUGGAAGAUGUGGCCGAACACACAGGAAUUCAAGUAGAUGAGAAUAAUGAAGAGUGUCAGAAAGGAAAAGAGGAAGCGCUUCAGAUGAUGAGAUCACUGGAUGAUGAAGAUCCAUCAACAGUUAAAGAAACAAAUCUGCCCUGUCAGGGGAAACUGUGGCAUGACUGGUGUAAAAUAAACAAAGAGCUUCGUCAUCUAGGAGGAGAAAAUCUAGAAGAAGAUAAAAGUGCCAAACUGAAAUUGAUGAGAGAAAUAAGAGAAAAGCAAUUGGCAAAAGGAUCAAGUGAAUUUAUGAGGAUCUUUUUUAAAGGACUGCGAUCACUAAAAACCAAUGAAAAGAAGUAUUUUCUGACAUGGAUGAUAAAUCUGUUGGAUGACUUCACUUCAAACAAGCUUUGUGAACUUCAUAAGGAGUAUGAUAUGAGAUGGAAUAAAGUCUCAGGAUUAAAAAAAAUGCCAGAAAAACAAGACCAACUGAAAACUGAACAAACCAAGCUGGAGAAAAUAUCAGAACAAAUUGAAGAAACAACCUUUGGUUUGGAUCACAUCAUGAGACAGGUUGGUCAGAUCUAUGAAUCAUGGUCAUCUGUAAAGAAAAAUGGUUUCUCUGAUCUACCGAGUCUUGCAGCAGAUAUGAUGAUCUCUGGAUUUCCACUGGAGCUGAUGGAUGGAGAUGCUGCUCAUGUUCCUCUCAUCUGGAUUAAAGCUGUUUUAGAUCAACUCAUCCAGAAACUGAGAGGAGAUCAGAGAGUUUUUGUGCUGUCAGUUUUAGGGAUUCAGAGCUCUGGUAAAUCCACUUUACUCAAUGCCAUGUUUGGUCUUCAGUUUUCUGUCAGUGCUGGUCGAUGCACCAGAGGAGCUUUCAUGCAGCUGAUCAGAGUAUCAGAGGAGAUGAAACAACAGCUGAAGUUUGAUUAUAUUCUGGUUGUUGAUACUGAAGGUCUUCGUGCACCAGAACUGGAUGGAAGAUCAACAAGAAAGCAUGAUAAUGAAUUGGCCACAUUUGUUGUUGGAAUUGGAAAUCUGACAUUGAUCAACAUUAUGGGAGAAAACCCAUCUGAGAUGCAAGAUAUUCUUCAGAUUGUUGUCCAGGCCUUCAUGAGGAUGAAAACAGUCAGACUGAAUCCCAGCUGUAUGUUUGUACAUCAGAACGUUUCAGACGUCACAGCUGGAGAGAAAAACAUGGAGGGAAGAAGAGGACUGCAGAGGACACUGGAUGAAAAGACAAAACUCGCUGCUAAAGAAGAAGUCUGUGAUGCAGAAUAUUUCAGUGAUGUCAUUGCAUUUGAUGUACAGAAAGAUGUGAAAUAUUUUCCUCAGCUGUGGGAGGGAAGCCCACCAAUGGCGCCACCAAACCCAAACUACUGUGAGAAUGUUCUGGAUCUGAAAAAAUCUAUUUUAACACACGCUUCAGAAUCAAAUGGUAUAAUGCUGACAGACCUAAGAGGACGUAUUGAAGAUCUCUGGGAGGCUUUGCUGAAUGAACAGUUUGUGUUCAGCUUCAAAAAUUCACUGGAAAUCGCAACUUACAGGAGAAUAGAGACAGAAUACAGCAACUGGAGCUGGAGCCUUCGAAGUGCAAUGCUGGAAAUUGAAAACAAACUACACAACAGAAUAGAAAAUGAAGCAGUUCAUGAAGUUAAGGAAUCUGAUCUUCAAAGAGAACUUCAUGAAAAAAGUGAAGAAGUGAAAAAAUCAAUGUCUGAAUUCUUUGAGAAAGACAGAGAUGCAGGAAUACUGAAGCAGUGGAAAGCUUCAUUUGAAAUAAAAAUCAAAGAUCUUCAGGAAAACAUUGUGAGGGAGACAAAGAAGAAAUUAAAUCAGGUUCUUCAGCAGCGAGUCAUGAAGAAAAAGAUUGAUGCUCAGAGGACACAACAUGAAAACAGUCUGUUUGAAAAGAGCAAAGAACUUGCCAUGAAACUAAAAGACAAAGCAAAUGAUGAAAAUAUCAUGAAAAACAACUUUGAUUCUUUUUGGGAAAAACAGAUGGAUGAGAUCAUCAGAGAGACUCCUCCAGUUAAUAACAUUGACAUAUUAAGAGAUGUGACAGAUCUCCUGAGAAGCACCUAUGAAAGUCUCCCUGUAGAUUAUAAGAAAAUCAGCAGUGAGUACAUUGAUAUGCUCUCUGUGCCAAGCUAUUCAGAUUAUGCACAGUUAAAGAGAUCCGGUGGAGUCAUGGGACCUUUAAAAAAUGUCUACAAAGGAGCUAAAAAGAGUCUUGGCUUUGUUUUAUCUCCAGAGGAUGAAGUUCAGAUAAGAACUUUAAUCAAUGAAAUUGUUGAUGACACAGAUAAAAUGAUUCAGUCAUAUAACAUUGCAAAGAUGGGCUACAACAUCAGCUACAUUCAGGAAAUCAUAGAUUACAUAAAGAAAAAAAUAUCAAAUCAUGAAGAAAAGCCAAAAGUGAAAUAUGUGUUCAAGAGAGAAUUCUUCAGAGAUUUGGUAGUUUGUAUUUGUCAGAGAGCAAACACGACAUUUACUGACCAACACAGAUUAUUCAGAGAAGCAAAUGAUCCUGUUCUGUAUUUUCACAUAAAAAGAGAAGAGUAUUACAAGAUUUUCCAGAGAUACUGUCAAGGAGCAACAUCAGCUGCCAUUACUGCUGAAUUUAUUUGUAAUAAACUUAAAGACACAAUUGAGCAGAAUGUCUACAAGAAAACGGCCAGAGAUUUAGCAGAUGAAAUGACAUCAAACUGUGAAUCACUGAAUGGAAACAGAUCAAAUCUGGAGAAACACAUCCUGAAGAGGCUUGCAGAAAAUGAGGAUUUUACAGCAUACUUGAACUAUAUAAAAAAUCCCAGAGAUCACUUUAAAGAUUUCAUUAGAGAUGAAGCCAGUCAGUACAUCACUGAAAGAUUUGAGGAUAGUGUUCAACCUAAGAUGGAGAAUAACAUUACACAGCUGGAGCAGAAGAUCAUAAACGCAGCACAAGAGUCCACCAAACACAUUCAAGAGAUCAAUGGAGAUCUUCAUUCAUGGUUGACUCAUUUCACACAUCUGCUGUCUGAUGUUCUGGUUUUCUCUGUAAGUGACCUGACUGGAGUGAAUAUUGGUGAUAUUGAUAUCAAUAUCCUAGAAGAUGUGAUAAUUAAAGAGAUUCCUUCUAUAAUGUCUGACAUCAGCAGUAGAUUUACUGAAGAAACAUUUCCAGUGAAGCUGAACAACACAGACAGACCAGAUGAGAUUCUGAUUGAUCAUUUCUGUCAGUGCUGUUGGGUUCAAUGUCCUUUCUGUGCUGCCAUCUGCACCAACACCAUAGAAAACCAUGAUGAAGAUCACAGUGUCUUUUUCCAUCGUAAUCUUGGGCUAAAUGGGUGGCAUUACAGAGGAACAACAAACCUAGCUAUCAACAUCUGCACAUCAGCAGUAGCCAGUGAUCAAUCAUUUUAUCCAGAUUCAGACUCAGAUGUUACAUUCCCAUUUAAAGAAUACAGAAAAGGAGGUCCUGAAUAUGCUCAGUGGAGCAUCACUCCUGAUCUCUCUGAGCUGCCGUACUGGAAAUGGUUUGUGUACACAUUUAAGACGAAUCUGGAAGAGCACUACAAGAAAACCUAUGAGGGGGACGGCACGAUUCCAGAUGAAUGGAAAAAAUACUCUAAAGAGGAAGCCAUUGAGAGUUUGAAUAAAUACAUUUAAUGAAACACACAAAGACUUGAGGAUUGUGAUAGAUAAGACAGUUUAAAAUAAAUUUAUGUAAAAUGUACAAAAUUAAAUAUAGCCACAAAACACUUACAUGAAAUGAAAAUUAAAUGAAAUGAUUUCACUGAUCUAUACUUAUAGACAAGAGAUGUUAGAUGAGUAUUUCAGAGUAUAUGUUAAAAUAAUAUAACAAUUUAUAUGUAAAGAAAGUGCCUCAUGUUAUAGUACCAUAUUUUCAAAACAGUAAUGAAUAAAUCUAAAGAUAAAAAUUAUAAGCAAAAUGUUGUAUACAGUGAAUUCCAAUUAAAGUGCAGUGAUUACAAAUUUCAA